CGUGACGCGCCGCCAUUGAAAAUGCAUAAGUAGCUUGAAAUACUGUUUGGAGUACUGAUAAUCCACGAUGUCGCGUUGCGUGACGCGCCUACCAUUGAAAAUACGAAAGUUGAGUUUGAAAUACGAUUCGGAGUUGUAAUCGGCACGCGGUAUAGAUAAAUCCAAACGUGAAACUUGAAAACCAAAGCACGCAGAUACGAAAUAUCGACUACGAAAUUCAAAAGUUGAGUUGUAAAUACGAAAAGUUGAGUUUGAAAUUGAAAAGUUAACGUUGAAAUUGCGAAGUGUAGGUUAAAAUACGACACAUGAAUUUUGGCGGGGAUCUAACGCCAUACUCGGUCAUGCUUCCCGAUUCCUCCAACACACAACAGCGGAGGAGCUAAGGUCCUCCUCAUUGAGUGCAGUCUAAGUGAAGGCUUGGUUUACGUGUUUUUAAAAAACCAAGAUGGUGGACGGAUAACCAAACAUUUGUAACCACAUGUUGCUGAUCGCAACGAGCAACGUUGCAAAGUGUCUUAAUGAGUUCUGAGUCAAAGAUCUUGAAGUUUAUUACAGCUGAUGAGUCCGUGGAAUCACACUUACGGCGUGCAGCCGAUGCUGCCUUGGACGCGGAACUUGAUGUGUUAUGGGUCUCGGCGAAGGAGAUUCAAAAACAUGAUCUUGAGCCAGAUCGUUCCAUCUAUAUUCUAGAUCCAUUCGAGGGUGACCACUUUGGAUACCUUAAGUCACAGAAAUGCAGGAUAUGUGGCCCUCAGUGCGUUCUUUCGUGUUUGAAAACCAAGACCUCCCUUCCCAAUUCCUCGUUUCCAGUUUACACUGCAAGCUUGCGGGAAGUUCACGCAUGUUGCACCAGCGUGCCAAGGAAAGAACGUCAGCACCUGCACGAUUAUAUCCACAUGAUGGGGGGGACAGUAAUGCGGGAUUUCACUGAAUCUGUGACCCAUCUUAUAGCAGGUGAAGUUGGCUCCAAGAAGUACUCUGUUGCAUGUAGCCUUAACAAGCCUGUCAUGUUACCUGAGUGGGUUUUCACGCUGUGGGAAGAUGGCAAAUCCUCACAUGUUGUUGGAACAGACCCUGCCUAUGACCGCUUCAAGUGUCCGAUUUUCAAAGGUUGCACGAUAUGUGUGACAGGGCUCGAUGCCCAGACAAGACAGGAAGUAAAACAGUUGUGUAACCAGAAUGGGGGCGUGUACUCUGGCGAACUCAAUAUGAACACUUGUACUCAUCUGCUGGUGAACCAGCCGAAGGGAGAGAAGUAUGAGUUUGCUAGAAAGUGGAACAUUCAUUGUGUAUCAACACAGUGGUUUUAUGACUGCAUCAGAAAUGGUUUCUGGGUAGAGGAGAGCGGUUAUCGGACAUUGUCCAGUGAUCUGAAUUCAUCUUUUGGCUCACGUCUUAGUAUGAGUGGUUGUGCCCUCCUUACAAGCACAAGGUUGGAGGCACCAGCAAGUACCAAGGCUGCCCAAGCCGCAUACAAAAGUGCAAAACAACGUGGGGACGGUGAACUUAUUGAUAACAACUCAAGAAAAGGGCUUAAUGCUUCACGGAUAAAUACCACUGCAAUAAACAAUGUAAAUGACCCUAAAACAGUAUCAAAACUGGAAGAGUUAGAUCUAGAUUCAACCCUUGUACCGGGAAGCAUGUUUUUAGAUGGCUGUAAACUGUUUUUAAGUGGGUUUAGUGGGCCAAGAUUGGACAAAUUAAGGAAGAUCAUCAAUACGGGAGGAGGGACCAGGUUUAAUAUGAUCAACGAGAUAGUUUCUCAUGUUGUGGUCGGGGGUAAGGUAGCAAAGGAUGUUGAACUUCUCAAGGGCUCAGAGCUACAGCCACAUGUCGUGACAGUCGAUUGGAUCAUUGAGUCAGCUAAAAGUGGACGGAAGCUUCCUGAAGAAGAUUAUACUCAUCCAGACUUUCAAAAUGAAGAGACAGAUGACUCCUUCCCUUCACUGAAAGAAAACAGAGAACCCGGAGCAGAUGGCAAGGGGAAGCGAAGCAAGACACAACCUGAUGAAACCACCAAGGCCGACAAGACAGCAAACAAAUCAGAGUUUGAUGUGAAUGACUUAGAUGACGAUGAUGUGUUUUUGCAGUACAUGUCCAAAGGAAACAUUACAAAGGAAGCAAAAACAUCACAUGAGGAGAAAGGAUGUUAUCCUUCUGAGAGAGGUGAACUAGGCGCUGAUGAUGUGACUAUGGCUGAUGGAGGAGUAGGAGGGGAGGGCUUGUUACCAGGGAAAACAUUUGCAAUUGAGCAUUUUGAUAAGGAUCAGAUUCUCCAGUUACAACAGUUGAUUGUCACCUUUGGAGGCACGAUGGUCAAAACGAAUGAUAAACCUGCAGACUUUUGUAUUCUUCCUAUGAAUAUCAGACCAGACAAAGCAUGUGCAAAACAAAUGGUGACAUUUUGUUGGCUGGAGAAGUGUCUUGAGGUGGAGGAGGUGGUGGAUCCAGACAGCUGUUUUCUCUUCCGCCCGUUUGUCAUCCCAGGGGGUGCACAUCCCCUUACUGGCUGCGUCAUCACCAUCAGUCAGUACAUUGGUGUCGAGCGGGAUCACAUGAUGCAGCUUGCAGAGUUGCUAGGAGCAAUCUACCAAGAAAAAUUUGCACGUGUUAAUAGUGCUAGCUGCCAAGCCAGCACUCACCUUAUAUGCAAGGAGCCAGAAGGCAGCAAAUAUGCCGCUGCAAAGAAGUGGAAGAAAUAUGCAACUACUUGCAAUUGGCUUUUUGCCUGUGCCAAGACAGGGGAACUAGUGCCUGUCGAAGACUUCCCUGUUUUAGGAUCUGAGAAUGAUAAACAGAACGCUGUUAGCCCUCAGAAGAUGGAUGUGCCUCUAACAAGUUCCGCACACAAGGACAAGACAGAUACUAAUGGUGUUGAUGCCAAUGAUGAUUGUGUUGAUGACAAUGAUGGAACUGAUGAUGAUGAGGGUGAAGCUAAAAUUCAAGAACAUGUUCAAAGGAAGAAGCCUCCACCCCUUCUGAGCAAGGCCUUUAGACCUUCUUUUGAUCUCUCGGAUGCCAUGGAGGCACUCGCCUCUCCUUAUGUGUCUAGUCUGAGGUCUCGCAAAAGCAGAGGUAGCCGAAAUAGUUUCCCACUAGAUGAUUAUUUCCAGGAAAACAUCAUGCAGGCAGUCAAGAGGACUGCUAACGUCCCAGGUCAUAGUGUAGUGGAUGCAGAGGAAGAUCCAGAUGCUACUGCUGAAGAGGAAAACCAGGUGUCAGAGGGAAAGAAGGGCAUUCUGCAUGGCCUCAUCAUUUCAAUCAGCAAGAAACUUGUACAACAACAGACAGAGUUAUAUGGAAUUGCCUCUAGCCUUGGCGCUGAUUACCGAUGGGUGUUUGAUAAUUCCUGCACUCAUCUAAUCCAUCAAGGCAGAGCAAAUGAUAACUCAAAGGAGUGCACAACGGCAAGGUCACAUGGGAUGUUCAUAGUGUCACCCUACUGGCUUCAUACCUGUGCUGAGGAGGGUGUCAGAGUGGAGGAAGGGCUAUACCCACACACCUACAAUCCUAAGAUGUCCUUGUCUGUCGUCACAACUGGGCAUCGGCGACUGACACGGCAGUCCUCUAGGGUUGCUUUGCCAGGACCUGAGCAAUCAAAACCUGAGCACCCAACAAUAGAAGAUGCAAACAAUAAGGGAAGUGCAGAAUCAAGCCACCAACAGAAUGACAAAAGCCAGCAGAGUGAAGACAUGGAGGAUUAUGACAAUGCUGCUGAAAAUGACAAGCAAGAGGAUCUACAGAGGCAACUGGAAGACUUUAUGGUUGCAACAAAAGCAGCAAGAGGAAGGAGGAAGAGUCGACGACUAAACUCCUGUAGCAGCACAGGAAUCCCCACAAAUACAUCAUCCUCUGCUGCACCUGAAGAUAGCGACAGCCGAAGUUCUUUAAGCCUCAGGCGCAUAUCCAGUAGGAACCACAUGAGGGACUCAGACAAGUCCUUGAGUGGCAAUGGCCACAAGCUCCCGGACGAGAGUGAGCACUCCCAAGUAGACACCAUAACAUAUGAUGACCCCGCUGGGCGACUGGAACGGGAAAAGAUCAUGGCUCAGCUCAACAAGAGGUGUAGUCCAAGCCCUGACUUUGAGAAUAACGAGGACAACAUUACGAGGGAUGAAGCUAGUGAAGAGGUUUCAGUGGAGACAUCUAGCAAUACCGUCAUUGAGUCCUGUAAGACAGACUCUACUCUUGCCGCCCAAUUGGCCACACUGUCCGAAGACCAGGAUCCACCAUCCUCCCCAACCACUCAAACUCCGCUACCUCUUCCGGUCGCAUUCCAGCCCAAGGAAGUGAAGAAGCCUGAGCCACAGAAUUUACUGGAGGAACACAGUGACAGCCCAACGGAGCCGCCAAGGCCUGAUGUGUAUAAGUUCCAAUUAUCUGCCAUGACGCCGCAGGAGAAGGCGGACUACUCGUUGCUGAUUGAGCAGCUUGGCGGAAAGGUGUUUGACACCAUGUACUUUAACCCAGAGUGUACUCAUGUUGUUGUCGGCAAACCCAACAGGAAUGAAAAGUACCUGGCGGCCAUGGCAGCAGGCAAGUGGGUACUACACAAGUCCUACCUGGAGGCGAGCCGCCAGGAGGGAGUCUUUGUCAGAGAGGCGCCCCAUGAGUGGGGAGUAGAAGUGGCUGGUGAACAACCCAACAAGCUGGCGACAGCAGCCAAACGGUGGAGAUGCAGACUAGCACACCAACGAAAGACCGCUGACCCGUCCCAGUCUCUUGGAGCGUUCACUGGCUGGUCGGUGUUUCUCUGUGUGGACAAAUCACGACAGCCUGGCUUUAAGCGCCUGCUGGAGGCUGGGGGGGCCAAGGUGGUCAGCAGUCGACCACCGUACAGCUGUACUGAGGGGGUGACACACGCGUUUGUAGAUUCCAAUAAGGGAAAAUCAAGUGUACUGGACAUUGCUUCCCUUCAAGAGGCGAACGUACUGUUGGUGAAACCAGACUACAUCGCGGAGUUUCUCAUGCAGGACCCGCCCCCUAACCCCGCCAAGUUCGUGAUCCCCGAGGCGAAACAAGCUCCGAGCAUCCACACCUCACAGCAGAGGAAGAGGAAAGGAGAGGAGUUGUACGCUGAUGACAAGCGGGUAAGACUGGCGUGAUGGGUCCCUGUGAUUGGACACUGAGCUCUUCGAUGAUUAGUCAAUGAGAAACAAGCCCUCUUUUGUCAAUAUCUUAACUCGGCCUUGCAACAAAUGGCGGGAGAACACCUCGCAGUAGAAAGAAAUAAGAGUUAUUCGCCUAUGACAAGUGCCUUCAACAGAGUGAAUCUGCGAUUUGUCACUGAGUCGAUGAGAAACAAGCCCUUCGUUGUCCAGGAGCUUGGCCAUGCGUCAAACUCCUUUAUAAUAACUGAUAAAUUUGAUGUUGCUGUUUCGCAUCUUUCACUGUACUCGCGCCAUAGAGGGAAUAAGGGAUGAUCUAUUACCCGCCCGUGUCUUCCCACAACGCUUUUAUAAAAGGGAAAGCUUCUCCCACCCCCGGGCUCGAGAACAAUCAGUUAUCAAUCAGCCGUCAUAAGUCAACAUAUCAGGACAAUUGCUCUGAGCGCUAAAUUCAAAUUUCAUAUUCUAAACCAAAAUAAAUAUCAUUCCUAGAGUUGUCCAUCUAAAAAUGUUUCUGUCUAUCGUAAAAUAAUCCUAUACCAAGCUGUGUGCGCUCUAAAAUACGAGCAUUUUCAUCACAGCGCGAGAAUAAUUUAUGCAGGUGCGUUAGAUUAUGGAUUGCGCAAAAUUUAAAAUUUUGCACCGAAAACGUGAGUGGACAGCAAAUCACUCAUUUAUCGAUUCCUUAACACAACUGUCUUGUUACCUGUGCAAAAAAGUUUUAUUCCUGCCGACUGAGGCUCAGAGAUAAGCAAUUUUACAGGAGGCUUAUAAUUUGUGACUGCUAGCGUUGCAGUGUUCUGAUAAUGAUUGCAAAUUCGAGCCUGGGGGUUGGAGGAACUUUCCCUUUUAUAUCGGAACCUCGUGUUUUAAUCCUAGGUCGGGGGGAGGGGGGUGAAAACAAGAUGGAGUUUGCCCCCCCUCCCCUGACUCCGGUUUCACGCGCGCGUCGUGAAGUGUUGUGGGAAGACAGAAAUGAUGUAUAAAUACACAAUCACGUGAUCUGUCCAGUCAAUUCAGAUUUAAAGCCCGUACUUACUAUGCAUUACAUGCCAUCUAUACAUUGUGCAAGUUAUCACUUUGUGCUUUUUAUUACUAUUUUAAUAUGAUUUUAAUAAAGGAUAUAUGGAUUGUCCCGUGAA